AUGGCUUCGGAAGACACUGCUAGCUCUGUUUUUAUGGUCAUUUGUUGUUAUGGUAGCGAAGCUGUGAUUAUUUCCAUCUCAAAAGACACAAUUCUUGAUCAAAUUUUUAAGGAAAUAGUUGAAAGGUGGAGACAUUUAUCUUCUACAAUGAUAGAAGUUAAGUUUUAUAUUCCAAACAAGUCUAAAAUGCUUGUUACGCUUAUGAGCGAUAAGGAUGUUCGUAACAUGCAUGAAAUACACGUCAACUUAAAUGCCAAGGUGAUCGAGAUGGUUGUUACUCAUUCUCCAACCUUGAUCGAAGGUGCUGCUGUGGUAAUUGAGAGGGAUUUUGUCUUCGUGAAGAACGAUCGUGAUCGAGUUACUGUAGAAUGUGUUUAUGAAGGUUGCGAAUGGCGUAUUCAUGCUUCUCGCCUUGGAAAUGGUGAAAAGUUUGCAAUUAAAAAAAUGCACUGUAACCACACAUGUGGAGGAGGAUUGCAAGUGCGGUCUCAUCCAAAGGCUUCAAAACGUUGGGUUUCCAAAAUUGUUAAAGAUCAACUUCAAGAUAUGCCGUUAUAUAAGCCGAGUGAUAUUGUAAAGGAUAUUCGACGACAAUAUGGUGUUGAAUUGCCGUAUCAUCAAGCUUGGCGUGGUAAGGAGGUGGCUAUGAUGGAUCUUUAUGGUAAUAGCAGGCUAUCUUAUGAACGGAUUCGCUGGUAUUGCGAUGCCAUUCGUCCGACCAACCCUGACAGCAUUGCAGAGUAUGAAACAAUUGAUGGUCGAUUCAGACGUCUAUUCAUUUGUUUUCAUGCUUCACUAAUGGGUUUCAUAAAAGGAUGUCGUCCUCUAAUUUUUAUGGAUGGCACAUUUAUAAAGCAUAAGGAUGGAGGUGUAUUGCUUGGAGCCACUUCCACAGAUGGAAAUGAUGAUAUGUUUCCUAUAGCUUAUGGUGUUGUAGAUACAGAAAGUGAUGAAAAUUGGGAAUGGUUUUGCCAGUUUCUGAAAGAAGCUAUUCAUAGUUGUACUGAGUAUAGUGGUCAACAGUUCACAUUUAUGACGGAUAGACAUCAGGGCAUUAUUAAAUCCGUGCCGAAGUACUUUCCUGAUUCUUACCACUCACAUUGUAUACGUCAUGUGAAAGAAAACUUCAAGAAUCAGGUCCUUGUCCAUUAUCGUGCAGCUGAGAGAAAGAGGCUCAUUGAUUUACUAAAUGCUGCUGCCUAUACACCAAGGCUUACUGUAUUCCGAAAGCUAAUUGCAAAGCUUACAUCAGAAGCCCCUGGUGCUACCACCUUUCUUCUACAUGCAAAGCCGGAGCAUUGGGCGAAUGCUGUAUUUCCAGGUCCACGCUGGGGCAUCAUGACAUCGAAUGUGGCAGAGUCUUUUAAUAGUUGGAUCCUGGAGGCUCGUCAUCUCCCUGUGCCUCAGAUGGUUGACCAUAUAAGGAUCCAAAUAAUGCAGAUGAUGCAUGAACGGCGUAAUCGAGGAUAUAGCAUUCAAUCUCAACUUUGUCCUGAUGCAGAGAAAGUGUUGCAUAAAAAUGCGGAAGAUGGUCGAAGAUUAGCUGUAUUUAUGUCCAACAUAAUGAUAUAUGACGUAAAGGAUACCAACUACUCAUGCAAAGUUGACCUGCAGAUGUGUAGCUGCUCUCGUGGCGAGUGGCGAAUCUUCUGCAUGCCAUGUAAGCAUGCUUGUGCAUGCAUCGAGAAGGCCGGCAGAUCACUAUACCAAUUCACCGACAAUUGCUUCCAAGCUGAAUUGUAUAGAGUAACAUAUGCCGAAGCAAUCAGUCCAAUUCCUGACAUGGAGAAGCCCCAAAGUGCCUCUGAAGAGAUUCACAUUCUACCCCCUAUCAGAAAGACACGUCCUGGCAGGCCUAAAAAGAAGAAAAGACCUUCGCAAGUGGAAUCAGUACGUGAAAUAGAUGUGGACGAUGCGGGAAGGUUGGGCACAAUAGAAGGACUUGUAAUGAGGUCAUCAAGUAAAGAAUAUGGACAUUAUGAAGAAUGUAUCGAGAUACCUGCAAUGUAUUUUCAUGUUAGUCACAGCAUAUUAACUGGGAAUCUCUUGUAUUGA